AUGUGCUUGGCUCCCUGCGUAGUGCCGCAUGUCUCUCAGGGUAGCGUCGUGCUGAAAGAAAAUAAAACAAGUGCAAACGACACUCAGGAGCAUACACAGAUAGUUCGUAGCUCUACUAUGGUCCAACAUGGUGAAAUAAUCGUAGUAGAGUGCGAGAAAGACUACGAGUUUCCGUCUACUAACGCUGCGAUCACCUGCAACAAUGGAACUUGGACGCAGAUACCACGUUGUCAACCAGCCAGGUGUAAGAAAAUGCCAAAAUUUCCCAGAAAUGGUAUGGUGAUAGCUCCAAAAACUGAACACGGUAUGAAGGCUCGAUUUAGGUGUAAGGACGGAUAUGAGUUAAAAGGAAAUCCCAUUGUCGUCUGUUCGUUUGGGACUUGGAGCGGAGAGACGCCCAAAUGUGAAGAGUUGUUCUGCCCAUUUCCUGGUUACAUAGAGAACGGAAAAGUACUUCUGGUUGGUAACAUGGGAUUGUACGACUAUCGUCCAUAUGUGAAAAAGGUGGUCAACAACAAACAGAUAAUGUAUGAGUGUGACCGAGGUUAUGUGCUAUCUGAAGGUGCUCCUGGCGCCACCUGUGUGGGCGGACAUUGGAGCCCUAGAGAACUACCAUAUUGUACACUGUAUAAACACCCACGUAUUCGUUGGAGUCGAAGACGCAGAUCUAUCACUGACACUGAAGUACGUCACAGACGGUCAGCCUACCUCAGGCAGUACUAUAACAACCUUCGCAAGAGUCUCGACACCUCACAUGAAAACUUAGAUCAGUUAUACGAAAAAUACAAUCAUGACACUGAAAAACCGACGCUACGACAUGCAAAUUUCAAGAUGAUGAAGAAGUUUGAUUUAGACUUUGACGAAGAUAUGCUGGAGCCUCAAGGACCUGAUGAUGGAAAUCUUCCAACAGCCAUCUACACUGUUUAUAAUGUUCACGGAGAACCAAUAGCACAUAAGUUCUACUCCUACCAACCGGUUUACGAGCCUGAAGAAGACGAAAUUGUACACGAUGAAACACCAGACUACGGUGAUUCUAUGGAAACCGAUGAUUCUCAACUAACAAUUCUUAAAGGGGGUUCUUUCCCUGAUCACGAAGACACAAGUAAUGAAAUUUCAGAAAAUAUAAAUAAACUCAAACAUCAAUAUUUCGAAAGAUAUGUAGAUAGACGACGUAAGCGAUUUUUGAAUGUUACUGACUCACCUGAUCAUAGUAUUGAAAUUGAAUCAGGCACGGAACUCAAGGCUAGGGAGAAACGAAAUGUCAAUUAUGAAGAACAUGAUACGCAAAGUUAUGUGAAACCUACGCAAGAGGUCUCUAGUGAAAUAUCUGAUUCUUUUCUAAAAGUAAUUCCACUACAGACUCAAGCGAUCUCGCCUAAUGAUAUGAAAGGAGUUAGAGUAAUACCAUUGCAGCAUAAGAAUACGAAUUCCACGGAGUUUCUUAAUAUUUUGGAUAAACGAGAUAAGAGAACAAGUCGGAAAACAGAUAGACUUAAUCAGACUACAGCGACAGUGCCUAAAACUGGACGAGAUGGCAAGGGCGGAAGAAAUCGUCAGGCAGGAUCUGAGAGUAAGUCAACUGAAGACGAUGCCACAAUCGAAAACAAAGAAAAUGAAGGAAAUCAGAAUGGGAAUGAGAAAAAUGGUAAAAAAGGGCGUCCUAAAAGUCCCUGUGACCCAAUAGAGAGUGAACCGUAUGUUAAUAUAGAGAUAGUCAAGUAUGGACGAGACCCUAACAAUACAUUUAGUUCUGGUACAAUCGUAAGAGUGGCAUGUGGAAAGGGCUAUGGGCUGAACCUUGAGGCGAAUGCAACUGCUAAAUGUGUUAGAGGGAGAUGGAAGCCGGAAAAGCCUGUGUGUGAAGUUCUACCAUGCCACGUGCCCCCCACUGAGUAUGGAAUCUAUACUAUGUCUCCAAACGGGAACUUGGGCAGUCUUAUCGCCGGCACCAAUAGAGAUGACGACAGAGAGCUGAAUGAAACAGACCCAGUUCCUAAUGGACAAAUAAUACAUUUCUCCUGUGAAUAUGGAUAUAACGUACAAGGACCGACGAACUUACGUUGUUGGCUUGGUGAAUGGGCAGUUACCAGUAUGCCUGAAUGUGUGCCAGCGCCAUGCGAACUGCCCCUGCUCACGGGCGCGACAUACGAGGCUGGUUAUCGCGCAGGUCUAACAGUUGCGCACGCGUCAUCUGUUGGCAUAUCCUGCGAGCCUGGACGUUCACCACCCGCAACACUCAACUGUCAUUUGGGCAGAUUACAGCCAUCUGUACAUGAGUUUUGUAGACCGCAGUUAAACGUGACACGACCCUGGAUAAAAUCAAAUUUCCAAAGCGGCUCUGAUAUUGUAAGAGGAGAUAUUUCAGAGUUGGAACCCGAUUUGCAAGAAGGGGCAAUACCCUGCGCCCCACCCGAGAGGGUGCAAGGCACUUUGAUAUAUAGAGAUGGCUCUGACGUAAAUGAGACAUAUGAUAUCAAGGAUACGUACCCUCAUGGUGUGAAAAUAACAUUUAGUUGCAUCGCAUCUAUAAUGGGCGAAAAAACCACAUGGAAAAUUAUAUGCGAAAAUGGAAAUUGGGUUGGAAAGAGUUUUAAUUGUGACGAAUUAGACGCUCAAAGCGAAGAACUAAUAAGCAACAACACGUGCACGUUUCGUAAUGAAGAACCACAUGUGGUGUCAUUCUUUAAUGAUCUGCAGAUAACUGAAACGGUUGAGUUUCCUCCCGGGGCUGUUAUUGUAUCUAGAUGCAGUGACAUAGGAAAGUAUGCCUUAACAGGAUCGCAGACCAGACGUUGUAUCGGCGGGUCAUGGGAUGGAAUCAAACCUACUUGCUUUGGGCUUAAUCAAGAAAAUGACUAUGCUAUGGAAAAGCCCCCAACAAUACUUUUCCGUCAUUCAAACGGACCCAUAGCUCAGACAAAUGAUGGGAAACUGUUGGUGUACCCUGGAACUGUGCUACACAUGGAGUGUCUGUGGAUGAGGAGGUUCGGAAACCCCAAAUGGAAUGUGACUCACUUUAUCCCCGAUUCAGAGAGGAAAUAUACCGAGGGCUGGAGCACAGACCCAGGUCGAGAUAGUCAGCUGGAAUACCGUAUAAGCAUCAUGAACGCGGAGAAGGAGGACUCAGGCAUAUACCGGUGCGAGACACCUGCGAGACAGAGUCAUCAGGUCGAGAUCAUCGUGGAAGACGUUCACUGUCCACCUCUACCCAUACGAAGAGGUCUAGUUCCAAGCAGUCUUGACACUCAGCUGGGCAGUGAGAUCACCUUCUCCUGCGCGAAUGGGAAUGCUUUACUUGGAGCUUCUACCUUGUUCUGUCGGGCUUCAGGCAAUUGGAGUGCACCUUUACCUGUUUGUGAGAGUGUAGAAUGCGGUGAUGUGGUCCACGACACUCCAAUAAAUGAUGGGGAAAGAAGACCCAGGGUGGCGGUGGUAUCUCGAGGCGUUGGGGGUCGGGCAGCCUUCUCCUGCCCCCCUGGCUGGGCACUUAAUGGACCAACUGAGACCGUGUGCCUACCUGCUGCAGAUUGGGCUAAACCUUUCCCUGUUUGUCGAGAGGUAUCCUGCCCCGCCCUUCCACCCCCUGCAUCAGGAUACGUCCUAGGUCGGGCUCCAUACCGCGCUGGUGAUGUCCUGCAAUUUCACUGCAAUCCAGAACACACCCUGCACGGCAGACCCAUUCUGGUGUGCCAGGACAGCGGCAGGUGGAGUGACAAGCCCCCCACUUGUGCUCAAGCGUGCACGUAUCCGGGAACGACAAUAUCCGGUCGAAUGUCAUCUGUCAAGUUCUACUAUAAGAUCGGGGAAACUGUUUCCUUUACGUGUGAACCUGGAUACAGAAUCAAGGGAGCGCCAAUGUUAAGAUGCCUGAAAAAUAGGAAAUGGUCCAACGCCAUCCCACUCUGCACACCAAUAUCAAACUUCACAUCGUCAGAUUCCAUAGCUAUGUUGAACGGUGACAUUGACGCAAUGCUGUCAGAUGGCGCCAUCUUGACCACAGACAUAUCUAAAAUCGAAACGCCCGCCAUUUUGUCCCCACAGAGUCUCAAAGCCGCCAUGACACGAGUAGCUGCAACAAGGCUUUUACGUAGAGCACCGAUAGAAACUGUUAAAAAUAGAAUUUAUAGGGUAAACCGAAUUCUACGGAGGGAUACGGGAAGAUAA